AUGGCAAUCUUUGACUCAGAAAAGCGCACCCGUGGCUUGCGCAUGCCAUCUAUGACCGGCAUGAAAAACGGGGCCGUUUCAAAAUCUUCCCUAUUCAAAAAAUCCGAGUCCAAACCUGCAACUCCCGAUGAGCAGAUCUAUAUCCCACCUGCCUACACCUAUGCUGCUUCACCUGCGCCGCCACCGCAACGUGCUCCUCCUCCGAAUAAGGAACUGCCACCACGCCCACUCUCUCAAAUUCCUCCACCUCCAAAGGUCCCGACAACUGUUCCUCCACGCCGGCAAGUUAGCAAGAAUGCGUCUAUUCCCCAAUUCCCCGCGGCCCAGCCUCCGGUAAUUGCACCUGAACCGCAAGAACAAUCUCCAUAUCCCGCGGGUUCACCUGUGAUCGAAUCACCGCGGACUCAGGUGCGCGCACCACCUUCGCCAGCUGCUCCCCAGCCAGUUCGACCAGCCGAGCGUCCAGCAGUGAUCGUUCCAAGCGAACAAACAUACCAAGCAUACCAGCCUACUCCUCCCGUUGUGAUUUCCACUCCAGAAGAAGAUAACGAGGCGAACACACCUCUCGAGGAUUUCAUCCCAACUCCCGAAGGUCCCGGAAGCCCCAUUGAGGAGCCGAUGCGCGAAGAUCAAUCUUCCCCAUUUAUCCCACCUGCAGUGACGCCCAUUCCUGCACCAUUGCACAAGGUUCAUUUCACCUGUUUCCAGGAACAUCGGAAUAUGCCCGUUGCGCAGAAUGUAUGGUGCCCGCUACCCUGCCAAACCUGCAACAAGCAUGAUCAAGAGAUCCGGCAUCGAUGCGUUUUCUGUUGCUUGCGUGUUUGCGCGAGCUGUUAUCAGACUUUGCAGAAAUGCCAAAAUCGAUCACUCGAUGAGCUAUUGGAGAAGGUUAACUGA